AUGUCAUCUACAUACAUCACCAUCGCAGAUGUUCCAGUAGGAUACACUGUUCCACCUUUCCCGUCACUGUACUGGCCGCUUCACAGCGAACAGUACCAAGUGUCGUAUCUAUAUUACUUGGAAGAUAUGUGGCGGUUUACCGUGAUCUGGACGGUGAUAUUCUUCUCAACGUUCUACGGAGCAGCUGGUGUGUGGGCAGCGUUCCUACACAGAAAAAUCGCAAACACGGUCUGGAUCCUAGUCGUGUACCUGGCUGUCGGCUCUCUCCAGGGCUUUGUAUCCGGUACGAUCUUUUCACUUGUCCUAGGCGCAAUAUACAACGCUGGUGUAUUUGCCAUGUCCACCUGGAUCCCGAUGUGUGCCGGUGUGGUUCAGAUCCUCUUUGUCGUCAUCGCAUCAUACUCGCUGACUGCGGGAAUCCUAUGA